AUGAAAGGAUAUUUUGAUAACGAUGAAUUAGAAUUUUUCUUGGAUAUGGCAAUGAAUGAGUCUCAACGAUGGCUUGAAGCAACUUGUCGAGAACUCUUUAUUGAUAGCGACGAUUUUAUCUAUUCAUUACGCUAUGGAACACAUUUACGCAAAAUAAUAAAUAAAAUAAUACCAAACUGUUUUGAUCUAUCUCAUAGUUGUCAUGGAAAAACUAUCCGAACAACACGUCAAAUACUUACAGAAGCAAAUAUACCGUAUAUGAAAUUUGAGCAUUACAUUGAUGAUGAAGAUUGGAUAUCGCAAUUUUUGUUAAUUUGUCUAUAUCGAUUACAUAUUCCAAGAUAUUUACUUUUCUUACGUGAAGAUUUGGAACAAUUUGAAGGAUUCGAAAAACCAUACAAACAAUUCAUCACGGAACAGUAUAUUUGA